GCGAGAGACGAUGAGGACUGAAGAGAACAGGACAGGGAUGAGAGGAAGUCUGGAUCUCUCAGCAUAGGAUUUCCUCUUCGUCAUAGAGCGGGAGCUGAGGUGGAAUCCUGAACUGUGUGACUGGAAAAACAAAAGACGAGAGUUUUAUAGUUUGCCCCUGUCAUGCAGAAGACGGGGACGGCCCCUUCCUCCCGGGGUCCUAGUGCGCCAGGCUCACCGGCCACCUCCAUUGUGGCAAGAAUGGACAAUCAGGUCAUUGGAUAUAAGGACUUGGCAGCCAUCCCCAAAGACAAAGCCAUACUCGAGGUGGAACGGCCCGAUCUGAUGGUGUACGAGCCACAUUUCAAUAUCUCGGCCCUGCAUCGGACCGGUCUCUCCAGAAGCAGAGAGAGAUCAAUGUCACCUCAUUCCAUCUCGCCCCCUCGUUCCCCUGAGAUAUUUGCCUCAAAAGAGCCAAAGGAGUGGCCCGAGCAGUGGUCUCCCGGAGGAUCCAACAUGGGCUCCACAGUGCAGCUCUGUAAUAUCAGCCCUGCAUCCAAGGGUCCCCUGCACCACUUCCACAGACCAGACAGUGGCACCAAUAUCUAUAAGAAGCCUCCAAUUUACAAACACGAAAGACAUACUGGAACAUCCAAUAAUAAACAGGAUAAUAUCAUUGAGUCCUCCAAGUUCCCAGCAGCCCAGCCGCCUGAUCCCAACCAGCCUUCAAAGAUAGAGACAGAGUACUGGCCAUGUCCACCCUCUCGAGCUACUAUGGAGAUUGAGUGGAGGAAAAAGGCAGUCGAGCAGGGAAAACCAAUCGAGGAUGAUGAGUUUGAAGACCUGACUGAAGAUGCAAAGUUAUUGCAAGAACAGGAACUUCAGAAGAUACAGUCCAACUUGGGCAAAUUAAUUCUGAAAGAGGAAAUAGAGAAAUCAGUGCUCAUUCGCAGAAAAAAACGUUCCCUGCCAGAUGGGACAAAUAUAAACUUGGAAUCAUCAGCCAGUGGUCAUAAAUCCACCUCUCUACCUCCUUGCAGUCGAACAGGCCUCACAAGGCUGCAAUCAGCAGACUUUACCUCCACAGACAACGGAAAAGCAAAAACAGGUAAUGUUUUAAAUGGCGAUUUACAGAAUGGGAGAAUGGACAGAGGAAACUCUCUUCCUAGUAUUCUGGAACAGAAGAUAUAUCCAUAUGAAAUGCUGGUUGUGACCCACAGAGGGCGCAGUAAACUUCCACCAGGUGUUGACAGGACAAGAUUAGAGAGACAUUUGUCUCCAGAAGAGUUCCAGAGCUUGUUUGGAAUGUCCAUCACAGAAUUUGAUCGUCUGUCACUAUGGAAACGGAAUGACCUGAAGAAGAAUAUGUCCCUUUUCUAACAUUUGGACAUUUGGACUUGGACACUCAGACUCUCUCCCUCCUGAGAAACCAAUAAAACCAACUCUAAUCUAAUAUGGAUGCUAUGCAGACAUUUCAAGAUAAGAAAGCAAGAUGACCACAUUACCAGAUGAUAUUUCACAUAUACAGCAGUCUGUGUCUGUCUGCGGUGUACAUUAAUGACAAGCUCCAUAUCUGAAAAAGCAGAUUACAAGUGAUGGAAUCAGCCUGAUCUCAUGAAAAUUACAUGACUGAGGAAACAUUAGCAAAAUGAUAUUAUGUGGUUCAUUAUACGAAUUGCGGCAGUUUCAAUGUGAAAUGUCCACUGAGGGGCGCUGAAAUCGUUGUUUUACUUUAGAUUUAUGUGAAAAUGACUUGUAGCGCCUCUUGUGUUUAUUUCAGCAGAAAACAGCUGUGAUACAUACUGUAGAACUAAGCAUAACUCAUUUUGCAGAAAUGUAGUUAUAUUAACAUGAUUCUAUGAGACCAGGUUGAAUGGAAUUACUCCAGUCCCCAUCUUUAUGCCUUAUGUCUCUAUUUCAAUUCUUAAAGUGCCCAGAGAAAUGUAUUAUAUAGGCCUAUAUAUUUACACAAUGUUUAAAUCGUAAACCAUCACUUUUCUUCAAUUGUGGUCACUGAUACUACACUUUUUAUAUUACAAUGUGAUCAGACUUAAUUUAUUGUAUUCCAAACAUGUAUGCUGCUGUACAUAUUUCAUGUUUUUUAUUUAUUGUUGGUGUUGAUAUGUAAAAAUUCAGCUUCAACAAUCGUUUGAUCAACUUUCUGACACCUAUAAAAAAAUAAUAAAAAAAAACAUUCUUGAUCAUUCAUUAAAAUAAUGCAUGGACCCUAAGUCUAUAUAUAAUUUAUUCAGUUUGACCAUUAAAAGACACUACAACGUAUGACUCCUAAUCAUGCAAAUAUAGAUAUGUGUUUAUAUUGUGGAAAUAUAUCUAAGCUCAGGCUUGGUGCUAAGCUCAGGCUUUUGGUCCUCAUACACUGUUGGCACUAGAUAGGUCAUAACUUUUGAGUAAAUGACAUUUCCAAAACUACACUAGAAGAUCUUUGCUCCACAUAAUGCCACUAGCGAAUCCAAUUUACUUGGGUUUGGAAGCUUGGUUUGGUCAGUUGUCUAUCCAUUGCUACUCUAAUGUUAGAAUUUACAUUCACUGUCGGAUUUUUUACUGCAUUCAGUAGUUGCAUUGCAGUGUCCUGGAAUACUGCAUAGGUGUUACUAAACCAUGCAUUGCAUGCUUACAAUGGAGAAUGUCUAACAGUUAUGUUCAUAAGUUUUAUCACCAUUUUUCUGUAACAACAUUGUGCAAUGUUCACAAUAAAA